CUCUAACUCUCGCUGUCGCCCCCAGCCGGGUAUGGAGUUCGUGUUGACGUACUACGACGAGCCGGCGGUGGGCGGCAUGCCGGGCGGCGUGGCCGCGUGGGCGUCGAGCCGCGCGGCGCCCGACUACCUCAACAAGAUGAGGGGCGCGGCGCUGGGCUACCGGCGCUGGGCCUCGCAGCGCGGCAAGGAGGAUAUACCAGAUUUUACACCUUUCGGCCCCGAUCAAGUUAGCUACGAGGAGAAGAGUGAACAGAUAAGAGAGCAGGAUAUGGAGUCGUCCAAGGAAGGUCCGGACCUUGAAAACGGCGUCGACAAGAAGGACAAAGGCACGCAGACUGAAUUAUCCGAUGUGCCGUUGGAGGAGGAGGUCGUUCUAGUGAAAUUUAAAAACAAAGAAGAGGACGGAGAGGAGACGGCGCCAGAGGAGCGGGAGUCGAGCGAGCCGCAGGAAACGAAGGGGGAGGAAACGCCCGUGCGAGAGGGAGACGGCAACAAGGAAGAGGGAGAUAGCAACAACGGCAGCUGGUGGAGAUAUUUAUAUCCUUUUUAUUAUUUUGUAUAAAUUAAAAUGUUGAGAACCACUGUCUUAUUUGAUUUAACAAAUUGAAGUGCAAACUAUGCAUCUAUCAAUGACAACACAUUGUAAAGGCAUCGCCACACAUUCGGACAAUAUAAGCAAUCGUGUGAAUCUAUAGUCUGUAUGGAUUAUUAGUUUGAUGGAAAUGUAAGUAAAAUCAAAUUAAACACGUUAAGACAUGUUGUAUUUUUGUAUGUAUGAUAUCGUCUUAAUAUAUAUAUUUUCUUUUUACUUACACUUCCCAAGUUGUUAAUUGUUGGACAUUUCGGUUAGGAAAGGUUUGCUUCGCUUUAAGGGUAAAUAAAAAAUAUUAAUACUUAGGGGGUAGUUACGAAAUUUAGAGAUUAUAUUAUUGUUAUAAAAAUUUAUGAUCAAUGCAAUUAAUUAAUGGCGAUAAGAAAUAAAUUAAUUGUUAAAAUUGUUGUUUUUAAUGAAUUGUCGAGGUCGUUGAUUCGAUUCUCGGCGGACUUUAGAUGUAUGUGGGUAGUUUACAAAAUAUGCAUAUAAAACUCGGGCUGUACAAAAGUGUUUUGUUUCAAAAGAAUUAUAAUAUAUUUAUUAUUUCAAAAUAAUAUAAUCGAAAUGAAAUGUAAAUAUUAUUAAAAUGCGAUUGCAAUAUCAAAUUACCCGCAUAAAUUAUAUAUAUGCGGGUAGUUUUGAUUAAGAAAAAAAAAAUAACUGCAAUAUAAGAAAAUGGUUUUUCCAUAGAGUUCUAUAAACAUACAGUAAUGUUAUAUUAUUUAAAAAUAUCGUGCUUGAGUGAGUAUAAGUCAGCAUUUUGUCCUAGUAACUUCGAGUUUGUAGUUUUUAGUAUUGCGGAGAGUCUAGUGCCAUUUACAUUGGAAUGACCUAUUAAUUUCUAUUUGGACCUAUUUUGGCAUGCAGAUACAUGUUAUGAUGUAGGCAUCCGCUAAAAAAGGAGAUUGAUAAAUUCUACUCUCAAGGAGAUAAAAUAGGGGAUGAAAGAUUGUAUGAAAAUUUAUUAAGACCCCGCGGGCAACAUAAUAUAUUUAUAGUAAAUCCUCACAAUUCAAAUUUGUAUUAUUCUAUUUGAAUUAAAAACAUGUUCCAUUGAAUAAGACCAAAGAAAAUUAUCGUCUCAUUAAAAAAACUCUUCAACCACUAACAGUAGAAAGUUGAAGUAUGGAUAUAGGACUAUGUUACAGUUAAGUCCCGUUUUCCGUUAUAUCGCGUUUUUCCACUUCUAUAGUUUUUACUAAAUACUUUCUUACAACUAGUUCUAACUAGAUUUAAAUUACAAAGUUAUAUACUAAAUUUUCUUUAAAUAUCAAAGAAAUCGCGUUUAACGGAUAUCGGUAACUUAUAUAAUAAUAUAGAGCAGAAGAGUGUUUGUUUGGACGCGUUAAUCUCGGGAAAA